UGGGCUUAAAGGUGGGAGUGGAAACACAGCUGCUUAGUCACACUCUCCACCCUCAUCUUCCAGCAGUGAGGGUAGGCCGUCAAGGUUCUCAUGGCACCAAAGAUUCAAGCAAUGGGGUAAUGGAGAUCCUGGACAUUUAUUUUCUCACCAGUGAAAAUUAAUGAAGACCCAGGAGUUACCACAGCAAUAGUGAUGAGAAGGAAGUUUCAGCAGCUAGAGUGUGUUGAAAUGGGUACACAGAUGUACAUUCUGAAUACUUACAGAAUCUUAAUUGCCUGCCACGAGGCAUUAUUUCCUCAAGAGAAAAAAAACACUCUAGGAAAUGAGAGAGAAGAUAGUGGAGAAUUUCAAACGGUGAUAAUUUUUUCAACCUAAUCUAUAUCUGAAUUUUGAGAUACUCUAUAAUAUAUGGGAAUUAACAGUGAGGAAACAAGAUAGAAGUUAGAAACUACCAAAGACUAUUUAUUUUAAAAUAUUCAUUGUCCAUGGAAUCCAGCUAAAAGACUCAGUUACCAUAAUAUCCCAAAAGCCAGCUGCUUUCAAAUAAACUGUACCACUAGCACAAGAUGGUGCCAUUAGCAUACUAUGAUCAACACUUUGUGUCAUUAGAACACUCUUACCAACUGGCCACAACCAAUUCAUUAACAUAUCAAUACACAAGUGAAAAACUAAAUCAACCUGAUAUCCAGCCUGUGGCCAGAGCACAGGCCCAUAGUAAUCAACUUGCAGCACCUCAAGUGAACUCUAAGCAGAUGGUGCAGAGCUGCUCAAUAUUGCCCUCAGCCAAGUCGCAGGACACAAUUUCACAGGGCUUUUAUAACAGGGCUCUGAAAGCACCAGUAUCACAAUCCAAACAUCAGGCCACACCUUCACUAGACCUCCAUCAGAGAACUUCAUUGUGGCCUAAUCAGAGAGCCCUGAGCUCACCUGUGAUACACCAUAAACUUCAGACAACAUCUUCGCUUGAUCUGAAUAAGACAUCUUCAUCAAUGGAGUCCAGUCAGAUGAACUUGAAGUCACCAUUACCUCUCCCUAAACCUCAGACUACACCUUCACCAAACUUUUGCUGGACAUCACCUUCACAGAAGUCUAACCCAAAAGUCUCAGGUUCAUCAUCAUUCCCCACCAAAUAUCAAGAAACACGUUCCCUAGACAUUCUCUGGACUUCAUCCUCUUUGGGAUCUAAUCGAAGAAUACUUAGCUCAACAUUAUCACAACCCAAGUCUCAGAAAGCAUCUUCAUUGGAUAGCCUUUGGACAUCUUUAUUAGAGCGCAAUCAAAGGUCUUUGAGCUCACCAUCACUCAACUCUACAUCUCAAAUAAAUGACUUGCUUCAGUCAUCACGUUCAUUGGAAUCCAAUCAAAUGGAUCUGAACUCACUGUUAUCUGACUCAAGAACUCAGACAGCACCUGCAUUGAAUUCUAGUUCCUGUGUUCUGAGUUUGCCAUUGUCCCACUCAAAACCAAGGAAGUCACCUGUAGCACAUUCAGUCCACCAGACUCAGAGUUUGCCCUUGUUCUCAUCCAAAUCUCAGACAGUGUCACUUAACCAUGACUUCAGGACCUUGAGCUCACCGGUUUGUCCCUCCAAGUUUCAGAACACCUCCUCACCAAAUGACAAACAGAGAACCAUAGAUGUAUCUCCACCCCAUUCUAAACCAAAUAUCUCAAGUCAGACAUUCUCAAGCUCCAAACACUUUAUCAGAAAUAUAGCUGCUUCAAAACUGGGCUCCAGAUUCCAGAGUAAAAACAACUUUGAUCUUUGCGCAAAGACAGAACCAAAUAAAGAAAUUCCAUGGAGUUUAGAUUAUAUUUAUCCCUGCAUUGUGAAAGGUGGCACCAUCCCUGAUGAUAUUGUAAAUAAAAUUGUCAAUUCUGUCUCCAAGACCAGAAUCCAGAGGGACCUCUGUAGGCAGAUUCUCUUUCGAAGGAUGAGGGGAAGGCCAAAUCCUCAUCCUGGUCCCCGCCUUUCAUCAAAUUAUAUGGUUUGUUUAGCUUGUGCUUCCUGCAUAAAAUCUCAGUGUAGCCACCUUACAGGAAGGAAGGACCCUCGCAGUGCAACACUGUUUGUCAUACCAACGCCUGAACUUGGUUCUGAGGGAGAAGUGGAAGUGAAGUUAGUUUUUCUCCUUUCCCUGCCAGAGACUUCUCUCUCAUCUUGUCUCCCAUCCCCUGUGAAAGAAAAUCAGCCUGUUGCAGCCCCUGAAGACAACCUUGAAGGGACGGAGGAGAUGCAGGUUUCCCCUCCAUCUGAAUCUGACAUCACGCAGGAGCUAAAUAUGGAGAACAAAUGGCUAACAGCAGCCCCUGAAAACAAAGCUGUAAGCCAACAACCCCAGGCUAUCGACUGGCUGCUUUAUGUCAAGAAAAGUAGUAAUAUUCAGCCACAGUCCUUGCCUCCAUCCUCUUCCUCCUCCACAUCCUCCUCCUCUUCCUCCUCUUCAUCAUCUUUCCUCUCUUCCUCUUCCACUGUACCCUCCUUACCCCCUCCCGCCAAAGAGUCUACCACAUCUUCUCUCUCAGGUUGUGUGUUCACUAAGGUGCUUGGUUACCACCGGUUGCCUCCAGGGGUCUCCUGGCUUGAGUUUAUAUGUAGUAAAAGUCACCAGCCACUUCCUGGGAAUCCACAACCAAGUCAAUCACGACCUCCCAAAACGAGGCCUAUGAGGAAUAGCACCACAGUAAAAGGGCCAAAGGGGCCAAAGAUACUGUUCAAAUUUUUCCAGACAAAGUUUCAAAAUGAGAAAUAUUGAUUAAAUUAACUUUUUGUUUCUUGGAAAGCAAUUGACCUCUUAGUUCUUUGAAACUAGAGAUUGAUUUCCUAUCAUGCUUAUUAAAAUUCUUAGUAAUAA